UACCUCUUGUACAUAUCAUUCAGUGAUCUUGUUUGGCAACAUGGUGUACGUCUUAUUGACCGCUGUCGCGGCUUUAUUCGCCGCUUUGUACUAUUAUUUCACCCGGACUUUCGAUUACUGGAAAUCAAGAAAUGUUGUCGGUCCCAAACCUCUACCGUUCGUCGGAAAUCUCAAGGGUUCUUUCUUCAGAAGAAAACAAGCAAUUAUGGAGUUGAAAGAAAUUUACGAUAACUAUCCACAAGAGAAAGUCGUUGGAAUUUAUAGAAUGACAACGCCUUGUCUUAUGAUACGUGAUCUGGAUAUAGUCAAGAAUAUUUUAAUUAAAGAUUUUGAUUUGUUCGUUGAUAGAGGAGUUGCAUUCAGUGACGAAGGUCUCGGUGUUAACCUUUUCCACGCCGACGGCGAAAGAUGGAGAGUUUUAAGGAACCGUUUCACUCCGCUGUUUACUUCGGGAAAGCUCAAGAACAUGUUGCGUCUUAUGUCGGACUGUGGAGACAAAUUUGUUAAUUAUGUCGACGAUGUUAUUCAAAUUAAUGCGGAACAGCGCAUGUACCCUCUCGCUCAAAGAUUUACAAUGGCAUCGAUCUCGGCUUGUGCCUUCGGUAUAGAUUUAGAUAAAGAUAUGUUGAAAUCUUUGCAAGAAUUGGACAAAUUAAUUUUUACCGUAAAUUACGGCAUCGAACUCGAUAUGAUGUACCCUGGAAUAUUGAAAAAGUUAAAUGGUUCACUUUUCCCAAAGAGAGUGAGUACAUUUUUCGACAACCUUACUAAAUCUGUUAUUCAACAGAGAAGUGGUUUGCCAACAAAUAGAAAGGACUUCAUAGAUUUAAUUUUGGAAUUGAGACAAAAGAAAAAAAUUUUAGGAUCAAAAAGAAAAGACGAGGAAGAUGUGAAGGAGCUCGAACUGACCGACAGCAUCAUUGCAGCGCAGACGUUCAUAUUCUACACGGCUGGAUACGAAACUAGCGCUUCCACCAUUGCCUUCAUGUUGUACGAACUUGCCAACAAUCCUGAUGUGCAAAACAAGCUUAUUGCAGAAAUAGAUGAGACUCUAAAACGUCAUAAUGGAGAAAUAACUUAUGAAUGCUUGAAUGAUAUGCCAUAUUUAGGUCAGACAUUUGAUGAAACAUUGAGAAAAUAUCCUGUUGCAGAUAUUCUGCUGCGUAAUGCCAAAGUUGACUAUCCUAUCCCGGGCACUGAUGUUACUGUGAAGAAAGGGCAAACUGUGAUUAUAUCAGGUUGGGGGAUACAACACGACCCGAAAUAUUAUCCCAACCCAGAUAAAUUUGAUCCCGAAAGAUUCAGUACAGAAAAUGAGAAGAACAGACAUUCCUGUGCUUAUUUACCAUUUGGAGCUGGUCCUAGAAAUUGCUUAGGUGCGCGGUUUGCAAAAUGGCAAUCCCAAGUGUGCAUCAUAAAGUUUUUGUCCAACUUCCGCGUGGAACCAUCGAAAAAUACACAGUUAAAGUUCAAAUAUAAUCCUACGCGUUUGUUCGUUUUUCCAUCCGGUGAUAUUAAUUUAAAUGUUGUAAAGAGGUAAUAAAUACCCUUAAAAAAGUUUAAAAUAAAACUUUAAUGUCAUAUAAUUUUAUGGACUGGAUAAGACUUUUAACACGUUUCAUGCCUCGGCAAUUUUUCAUAAGAAAGUGAACUCGCCAGACGAGUCCGUGGCAUUUAAUGUGUUAAAAUCACGUUUUAAAUAUAAGAAUUGUUAUUUUUAAAUUAUUUUAUUGUCUUUAUAUUGAUAGAUCAUUGAUGCAGUUGGUAAGACUUGAACAUUUUUAUAGAAAUUCAAAGAUAUGUGUAAAGUCAAUCCGCACUUGGCCAGCGUGGUUGAC